ACUUUUUAUUGAAAACACAGAACCCUACUAAUUAGCCAACGACACAUUAUUAAUUACGUAAUUUUUGUUUGGAACGGGGCACUUGGUUUAUGCCCAGGGGGCAGCCCGAUUCCAAAUCGAAUGCAAAACACGCUUUUACGGGCCCCCGGUCGAGAUUAAUCGAACCCCCUCGUUGUACGUUGGAUAUUAGUUGCCGCUGGUUCAUUUAGCCAUUAAUGGGGAAAGAAUGGGGUUUUGGGCGAAACGCCGAAAAUAAGGUCUGAGUUUAACACAACGUUACAAAAAAUAUAUGCCUACAUUUUGUUCGGAGUUAAUAUCAGUCAGUUAGCAUGACUUUUAUGUGCUUGUUUCAAUGACACGGCUAAGGGCUGUUCUUACUAUAACGCAACACGGAGUGCCUGGACACAGUCCUUGGUAUAUCAGCCACAUAUCACAACCCCUCGAGGUGCCUUAUUGCUAUCAUAAACUGGUUACCAACUUAUACCAUAGGUAUGACAAAACAUUUAUUUUCACUACUCUAAUUAGGUUGGUAACCAGUUUAUAAUAGCUGGUUACAAAUUUAUAGAAAUUGUAGUUUACAGUUAUGUAAAACUGAAUAAAGCUCAGUGAUACUAGCAAGAGCAGUGUGCAGGUUUCUGUUUUUUUCUCAUCCUAUUUAACUGCUACCAUGCACCUGCAACAACGAUAUAUUAUAUGCGCAAGUGCCUUUUUUGUAACAUCAUACCAAAUGGGUGAUGGACAUCCACAAAUUAUUACAUACCAUAAUAACUUGACUCUCCCGGAUUUACAUACAGAAUAAUAUGAAAUGCUCUGAGACCAGGUUGCUCUACUACAAAGUGACUACUACCACAUUUCAGUGGAAUCGAAUGCAACCACUGAAUUUGACUGAAAGUGAUGAAGAAUCGUAAAUGUUAUGAUAGAACACUUGAGAAGUCAUUUGAACUACCAGCGCCCAAUUUUGCCUGAUUUACCACAUUCAUUUGAUCAGUGGGGUGAUCAAAAUAUCGAUGAGAAUCAUCGGUUACGUUAAGCAUAUUUUAUUUCACCGAUUUCACCACACAACAAGCGUUCCCUCAGAAACGGGGCGGUACCACGAGGAGGCUGGGCAGAGGAAACGCCAAUUGCAAGUCUCUAUUCCGAGUGGGUGGGUCUUUAUGCAGAAGAUGACAGUCAUUAUUUGUUUGAAAGCUUGGAAUCAACAGCAUCUAAACAACACCUCGUCUGAUUCCCUGGCUCCUGUCUGUCCAUUUACCGGCCGCUGUAAUACCCGAAAUCCCACGCUGAAAUGGAAGAAACGAGCCCCCUCGUCUCUCCUCUCCAGCACUCCAUAGAUUACAACUACUGCCAGAGCGAAGCCAAGAGUCCAACAACUCCGGGUUCUGUGGUGCGAGUGUCGGCUGGGAGCCCUGGACGCAGCCGGGAGAGACAGCCGCUUUUGGUCAGGGACAGAGGGAACUCUCCGCGGGAUCCACACAGGAAUGAGUUUCCAGACGACCCAGAGUUUCGGGAGAUCGUGAGGAAAGCAGAACAAGCCAUAGAAGAAGAGAUCUUUCCAGAGAUCAUCUGCCAAGGAUCUAGUGGUAGUUACUUCGUGAAAGACUCUCAAGGGAACGUAAUCGGUGUGUUCAAGCCUAAGAACGAGGAGCCGUAUGGUCAGCUGAACCCAAAGUGGACCAAGUGGCUCCAGAAGCUGUGUUGUCCCUGUUGCUUCGGACGGGACUGUCUAGUCCUGAACCAGGGCCAUCUGUCUGAGGCCGGGGCCAGUCUGGUGGACCAGAAACUACAGCUCAAUAUUGUGCCCCAGACCAAGGUGGUGUACCUGGCCAGUGAUACGUUUAACUACAAUGCUAUAGACAGAGUCAAGUCUCGGGGAAAGAGGCUAGCUCUGGAGAAAGUUCCCAAAGUUGGACAGCGCUUCAACAGAAUAGGCCUCCCUCCUAAGGUGGGAUCAUUCCAGUUGUUUGUGGAGGGCUACAAAGACGCAGACUAUUGGCUAAAGCGAUUUGAGGCAGAGCCUCUUCCAGAGAACACCAAUCGGCAGCUGCAGCUUCAGUUCGAGAGACUGGUGGUCCUCGACUAUAUAAUCAGGAACACAGAUCGGGGGAAUGACAACUGGCUGUUAAAAUACGACUGUCCAGUGGACAUAGAAAGAAACCGGGAGACAGACUGGGUGGUGGUAAAAGAGCCUAUUAUCAGACUGGCAGCCAUAGACAAUGGUCUUGCCUUCCCAAUCAAACACCCUGACUCCUGGAGAGCCUAUCCAUUCUACUGGGCGUGGUUAUCUCAGGCUAGGGUUCCUUUCUCUGAGGAGAUUAGGGACUUGGUUCUGCCGAAACUGACCGACCCCACCUUCAUCAAAGACCUGGAGGAAGACCUCUACCAACUCUUUAAGAAGGAUCCAGGCUUUGACAGAGGACAGUUCCACAAACAGAAAGCUGUGAUGAGAGGACAGAUUUUGAACCUGAGCCAGGCCCUGAAGGAGCGUAAGACCCCACUACAACUGGUCCAGAUGCCCCCAGUCAUAGUGGAGACAGCCAGAGCACCACAGAGAGCCAACAGUGAGUCCUACACACAGAGCUUCCAGAGCAAGAAACCCUUCUUUACCUGGUGGUAGAGGAGGCCAAGUAGAAGAGGAGGUAAGAGAGGGAGAGACUUGAGAUGGAGGAAGACUGUAUAGCACUGGAGCAGAAAGAGAGGAUAGUGAGAAGCGAGACAGAUGAAGAGUAGGGAGGAAGAAUGGACCAGAUUGAGAGACUGGAGAGGAGGAAGACUGUAUAGCACUGGAGCAGAAAGAGAGGAUAGUGAGUAGCGAGACAGAUGAAGAGUAGGGAGGAAGAAUGGACCAGAUUGAGAGACUGGAGAUGGAGGAAGACUGUAUAGCACUGGAGCAGAAAGAGAGGAUAGUGAGUAGCGAGACAGAUGAAGAGGGAAGAGUAGGGAGGAAGAAUGGACCAGAUUGAGAGACUGGAGAGGAGGAAGACUGUAUAGCACUGGAGCAGAAAGAGAGGAUAGUGAGAAGCGAGACAGAUGAAGAGUAGGGAGGAAGAAUGGACCAGAUUGAGAGACUGGAGAGGAGGAAGACUGUAUAGCACUGGAGCAGAAAGGGAGGAUAGUGAGAAGCGAGACAGAUGAAGAAUGGACCAGAUUGAGAGACUGGAGAGGAGGAAGACUGUAUAGCACUGGAGCAGAAAGAGAGGAUAGUGAGAAGCGAGACAGAUGAAGAGUAGGGAGGAAGAAUGGACCAGAUUGAGAGACUGGAGAGGAGGAAGACUGUAUAGCA